AAGGUGACCCUCUAUAUCUAUCUAUCUAUCUAUCUAUCUAUCUAUCUAUCUAUCUAUCUAUCUAUCUAUCUAUCUAUCUAUCUAACAAUGGACUAAAAAGGCUACCAUCUGGAAAUUAACGUAAGUGUACACUAUUAUUUAUGAAGCUAACAUUGCUGAGAAAAAUCUGAGUGCCCUAGGGCAGGGAGGGGUCAAUAUUUUCCCCAGUUUUAAAUAGUCAAAGUGUGGAUUAAAUGAAAUCGAUACCUACCCUCUUGCACGGUUGCUUAGGAAAGUGUCUGCAAGCGUGAACCUAGAGCUGACAGGAUGACCCCGGGAUGAGCCUCCCUGCGCUCCGCCGCCUCUAGCCCGGCCCCCUGGAGGCUGGCGCGCAAGGCGGCAGAGUCGGGCAUGCCAUGGCGCUGGCGGAACUGGCCUCUCGCCUCAACUGCGCCGAGUACAAGAACUGGGUGAAGGCCGGGCACAGCCUGCUGCUCUUGCGGGCCGCCCUGCAGCGCUUUGCCGGGGAGCAAGUGCAGGCCUUCCACCGCCAGCUCGUCGCGCGCUCUUCCGCGCGCCUCAGCCCGUCGGGCCUCCGCUGCAGCAGGCGCUGCACCCCUCGAGGCAAGCAGUUCCAGCCUGCGUGCUCCUUGUGUAAAGAAUGGAAAAAAGAGAUUCUGAAUCAUCACACGCACAAGAAUGGGGAGGUCCACUGGGGAAACUGCAGGCCUUGGCUCUGGCCGUCUAAUGCAUGGGAGUUGGCAAAGGCUUACAUGCCUCGUGGGAAAGCAGACAUUUGUGGUCCAGACAAAUGUGAUGCAUCUGCACUCUUAAACCUUUUCAACUUCUGCGAUCACUUCAGUAACAUCGAUCAGAAGAAAGUCAGAGAGGUGAUUAAGUGCCGCAAUGAACUAAUGCAUUCUUCAGAUAUGAAAGUCUCUUCUUCUUGGCUGAAAGAAUUUGGGAAUCAUGUUCAGAACUUGCUAAAUGAAUUUCAACACAUUCCAGAGGCUCAGACGGCUCGUACAAGGAUAGAAAAGCUUCUGUCAUCUGAUUGGGCUGUACAUGUACCAGGGGGAGAUCAGCUUGAUGGAUUGGAGGGUGAAAUGAAUCAAAGCCACAUCAGUGAAAUAGAAGCAGAACUGAUAAAAGAGAGACUCCAUGAAAUCAGUCUUCUUGUGGAAGAACAAGGAAUGAUGUCAGAAGAGGAUUUAAACAGAAUACAAAUUGUAAAGGAUUUCCUAAACGGCAACCAUGAUCUUCAAAGAAGUUUGCAGGCUGAAAUGCAGAACCUAGAAGACCUUGUGCAAAAAUUGUACGGCCAAAAACAAUCCAUGAAAGAAACCCAGGAAGUGAACAAUGAGGAGACAGAUGAAGGCAAGUGUAUAUGUUUAAAAUGAAAUUUGUGUUUUAUCGCUCUAACAAGUUGCACAGCAAAACUCGCUGACACAUUGUAAGGUGUUGGGAAAGAAUACCGCCUUAGGAAGGAAUACCACCUUACAGAAAUCAGAAUAUGCAGCUUUGAGGUUGCUUUUAUUUGGAUUCCACGAGGCAGACCUUCAGUAAAUAAGG